AUGGCUACACCCACUUUGAACAAAACCAGCAAGCUCCUACCUGUGCCACUCUCCACGGCUGUUCGGCAUUCAGAUCCCUUUGUCCUCAUCGAGCGACAGUCUCGGCAGCUUCAGGAUGAUUUACAGCUUCUCCUUGAUGCGCAAAGCGCUGGGCUGUCAGCCGGCUUAUCAAAUACGGCCAACGAUUACCGUUCUACGGGAAGCUCGACUCCGACCCCGUCCCAUCUUGCUAGCCCAAGGACCACCAUGACAAUUCCGAUCAGACAACCAACGAGGAAGAAAAUUAGUCUGAAGGGGGCGAGGAGGGGCAUAUUGAAAAGCAUGGAUGAACUUCUGACGUUGAAAGAAGAGGAGCGGCGCAUCGUUGACGUGGAAAUCGGCCACCGGCGAGACGCCGUAAGAGAGGUCGAUGCGUUUAUUAGCAAACAGAAGGGGUUAGAAUCGGUUUUGACCGAGGCUCAGAGAGAGCACGAAAGCUUGAGGAUCCAAAAUCUUCAGAGAGAGUCUCGGAAUCUCGAGAAGCAUAUCAUGGAUCUGGAAAACCAGCUAGGCGAGAUGAAGGCGCGCCAUAGGCAAAUGCUGAAUGAAAUAACGCAUCUCCAGAAUUCCAUCGAUUCGAAACUCUCGUCCUACAGAGAGUCGCUUGCACUAGUUCACAAGGACGUACAAAUCUACCUUCAAUCGCCGCCAAUUCAGCCUCUCCGGUUUACCACGUCGGACACCCCAACCUUUUACACACUCCAUCCGAAGCGGAGGACGCUUGAGAUGGCAAAAGAACACUGGCAUAAUGAGGGCACGCUGCUCCGGCAACGGAGACGGAAAGCUGACCAUGAAAUCAGCGCACUCAAAGAAGGCGGGAGAACCUGGCACAAGGUCAUCUCGACCAUAUCCAGCUUUGAAACAUCGAUGCAAAAGAAAAUGUCACAAAUAAUUAGAGGCUUUUCGGGAAGCUAG